AUGGCCACCUCCCAGCCCCCAACCAAAGACCUCACAGCCUUAGCCACGCAGAUCCUCGAACUAAGCAAAAGCUACGACCCGGCCGCGAAACAAACCAACCUGGAGCGGGAAAUCGUAACGAAAGCCCGCGAACUCAUCGCCGCCGUGCAAACACCUCGGGACUACAUGACCACUGUCCUGCGCUCAAUAAUGGAAAGCUCCGCCUUCCGCGCCCUGCUCUCCCUCGGCGCCAUCCAGGCCAUCCCCCCAACAGACCCUAUCACGCUCGCAGACCUAGAAAGCAAAACAGGCGCCCAGGCCUCGCUUCUCAAACGCCUCUUCCGCCCCGUCGUGCAAGGCGGCAUCAUCACUCUCCACCCCGACGGCACCUACUCCCACACGCCCAUGUCCGCCGUGUACGCCCGGGACGAAGGCGACGUCGCCUCGCUGUACAACUACAUGUUCGACGAAGCGAUGGUGCAAACGGGAUUCGCGGAGUACUUCCAGCAGCGCGGGGCGCGCGAGCCCGACGGCGAGCUAGCGACGACGCAUAAUCCGCGCACCUGGCAUGCGCGGCAGGAGGGCAAGACGGUGUUUGAAAUCCUCGAGCAGGACCCGGAGCACCUGCGCGCCUUUCAGAAGUUGAUGGUCAUGGCGACGCGGUUCAGGCCGUAUACUGGCUUCUAUGAUUUUGGGAAGUUGGUUGGCGAGGAGGGGAGGACGGUGAUUGUCGAUGUGGGCGGGGCGGAUGGCACGACGGUCGCGAAGAUUCUCGAGGCGCAUCCGGAUAUUAAACCGGAGCAGUGUGUGGUGCAAGAUCGCGAGCAGGUGAUUGAGCUGGCGAAGAAGAACGAAGGGCUGCAGAAGGGAGUGCGCCUCCAAGCGCAUGACUUCUUCCUCCCGCAGCCCGUCAAGGGAGCAAAAGCAUACCACCUGCGAGCCAUCUGCCAUGAUUGGAGUGACACCAUGGUCGUCAAGAUCCUAAAGCAUCUCGCUGACGCGGCGGCGAAGGACUCGAAGGUGCUGAUUGCGGAUGUCGUCAUGCCUGAAGGACCGCUCGGGGGAAUGGCGGCGUUCAUGGACUUGGGCAUGCUUUGUAUUGGUGGCAAGGAACGCACAAAGCAGAACUUUGAGGAAGUGCUUGGGGCUGCGGGAUGGGAGUUGGAUGCCAUCUAUCCGUCGGGGUAUGAGUCGGGCUUCUCGAUUGUCGAGGCCAGCCUGAAGUGA